GAGUACAGGCACAGAUUCCUUCAGUGUAGAUUUUAGUUAGGUUUCUGUUGUUUAUUUUGAUUUUACUUAUGUGUGCUUAGUCCCUGUUUACAGGAGACACGUAUACUAGGAGUGGGGUUAGUUAGUUAUGUGUCUCCCACUCCCCAGAGCCUCUAAGAAGCCACCAUACUCUUAGUCACUGGGGCUUACUUGAUGCAGGAUGGAUUUCCUAGGAGGCACUGUACUGAAAAGCACAAUGUAGACAUGAAUCCCAAACACCCGAGCAGUUCACCUGACAUGGACCGAAACCCGUCCCCUCCCUCCAGUGAUGAUGAAGAGGCGUCACCCGAGGACACCAUCGCUAACACCGUAUUCAGCAAACACUGGUUCUUCAGCACCCUCACUAAGCUUAUCGAGACCAUUACAGAGAAAGAAAAGGCGGAGGCCGAUAAAGAGACCUGGGAUGAUCUGGAUGAGGACAUGGAAAAUGACAUAUGUAAAGUGUGGGACAUGUCUAUGAAUGAGGAGGUGGCGCUAUUCCUGAUGGAGUUUAAUGCUCCUGAAAUACUACUAGGAGCCAUCACAAGGUCAAAGUGCAGCCGCCUGACAGAAAUCUGUAUUGGGAUUCUGGGUAACAUGGCCUGCUUCCAGGAGACGUGUCAGGUGAUCAGCAGCAACGAGGCCUUGGGGGAAGUCCUGCUGCUAUUACUGUGCGACACGGACCCUCCGACUCUGCUGGAGACUACCAGGUUGCUCCUGACAUGUGUGUUCCAUGCAGAAGUGAUGAGCACAUGGCUGGAACGGAUCAAGAAGCGCUCCACCGUCCGGGAUAACCUCUGCUUCAUCAUGAGCAGCUCCACCAAUGGAGACCUGUUAGUUAAAGUCGGGGAGCUGGUGGACAAGCUAUUUGAUGUGGAUGAGGACCUAAUGAUUGACUGGAUCAAGCCUGGCUGCAAAGAGCCAGAAACGCCAGCAAAUGAUACUGAAGAGGAUAAACCGGCCGUCCUGGGACUUAUACCCUCAUUGCUGGAGGCUGCAAAACAGCUCAGGCAUGAGAGCCCAGAAGGCCUGGAUGUCUAUAUGCAUGUAUUACAGCUGGUGACGACGGUGGACGAGGGCAUUCUGUCAUUGGUGCAGUCUCCAGAAGAUGGGAAGGCAACGUGGGAAUUCCUGUACGACCUGAUGUGUCAGGACUUGUGCCAGCCGGCUGACCCCCCUCUGAUCGUUCAAGAGCAGAAGUUCAUCUUAUCCUCCGUUCUGGCUGUCAUGUCCGUUAUGUUCACAUCGCAGACAGGACAGGAGUACACGGAGAUCCAGAACAACCUGUCAUUGGUGGGCAGCUUGACCCAGAUCUUGGAUAACUUGGAAAUCUGUCAGAGGAAGAGCAGCAAUAAGCCCCAGGAUCAAGACGAGGCGGAGGACAAGGGAACAGAGGAAGACUUCCACUUAAAUAUCCUAAAGGAGGUCUGCUGCGAAUUUCUCUCCAACAUCAUGUCACAGCUAACAAAGGAGAUUAUACUAGAAGGACUGAAACUAGAGCACAUAUCUGAAGACAAGUGUCUGACUGCGAUCCGGAACCUGCUCCCACAGUAUGCUGCAUCUGUGAAAAGCUUCAUUGUGGUUCUGGGAGAAGCCAACGAGAGUCUGACAGAGGCUCUGCAGAAAGAGCUCUCAGAACUGAUAGAAGAGUCGUGAGAAGCGGCCUCCACCUUUACAGGCUGAACACUGACCGCUUUCCUGGGGAACGUGACCCGUUAUAGCUUCCAAUUCAACUUGAUAAAAGGAAACGACUGUAUGAAGAGUUUGGGUGCAGUUCCUGCUAGCAGCCAGCAGGUGGAGCCUAUGAAUCUCUGCUUUUAGGGAAAGGUCUACUGUUUAAAAAAAAAAAAAGAAGAAAAAAAAUCUCUGACCCGUUAGAACUACAUGCGUCUGCACACGUACAUGUAAUGUUCUGGGCUUCUCUAAUAUUGAUGAGGAUGUAGCAGGAAUGGAUAACUGCAGCACAGAGUCCCGUCACGAGCUACUCGUCAAUUGAUAUGAGUUAUGGAUAUGCACAAUAUCACUGGAUGCUGCGCUGUCGUGCUCUGAAUCUUCUUUUGUUGACCAUAAAAGACAUUUUUGCAUACUAUUUCUUAUCUGUUACGUUUCUGCUUUAAUAAUAAAGUUCCCAGGUUGUUUGAA